AAGCUCCUCAAGACAGAUGUUAAAUACAAAGAAGCAUGGUGUGAAACGCCAUGUGUGAUAUGCUGUCAGUGUGCAAAAGAGGCAGGGAGGGCCCUGCACUUGUGUGUAUGUGCUGCAUCGUCCCCAGAAGGCUGGACGCCUUGCUGGUGCACUGGGCACCCAGGGAGGAGGGAGGUUCUUUACCGUAAUGUUAGCGGGUGAACAUUGUAUCCACUUGACCACGGAGAGCUGCCUUCUGAGUUCUCUGCCCGUUUUUCUUUGGGGUACAGUUCUAUGUAUAUCUCUAAAAGAUAAGGACUCAGCAAAAAAAAACAUUAUUACACUUAAAAUUAUCAAUGAUUAUUCCUUUAUAUCAUCAGAUAUCCAGUUAAUGUUCAGCUUGCCUUGAUUAGAGUGUGUUUGUUUCGACUAAGAUCGACAUCAGGUUCAUUCAUUGCAAAUGAUUGACAAGUCAUUUUUUAAAAACAGCUUUAUUGCGAUAGUCAACAUAUUAUACAAUUCACAGUGCAGGUUGAACUCACAGCCUUGUGUGCCCGUCCCUGUGCAUCAGUGAUUUUUUAAAAAUCAUUCACAGGGCUGUGUAACCAUCACCACAAUCUAAUUUUGGAACAUUUUUUGUCCCCCUCUGCCCCCCCUGCCCCAGGGAGAAACCCCAUACCCAUUAGCUGUCACUCCAAUCCCCUCCCUCCCACCAGGCCCCCAGCCCCUCUGGCAACCACUAAUCUACUUUUGGCCAGACUCUGCUGAGACAUUAGAACAGGAAUUUUUUUUUUUUUUUUUUUUUUUUUUGAGACAGAGUCUUGCUCUGUCACCCAGGCUGGAGUGCAGUGGCGCAACCUCGGCUCACUGCAAGCUCCGCCUCCCAGGUUCACACCAUUCUCCCGCCUCAGCCUCCCAAGUAGCUGGGACUACAGGUGCCUGCCACCACGCCCGGCUCAUUUUUUGUAUUUUUAGUAGAGACGGCGUUUCUCGACAGCCAGGAUGGGCUCGAUCUCCUGACCUCAUGAUCUGCCCGCCUCGGCCUCCCAAAGUGCUGGGAUUACAGGCGUGUGCCACUGUGCCCAGCCUUAGAACAGGAUUUUUUUUUUUAAAUUAAUACUUUUGGUCUCUAUAGAUAUGCUACUUCUGAACAUUUCAUGUAAAUGGAAUAUGUCUUUUCUGUCUGGCUUCUUCCACUUAGCAUAAUGUUUUCUAAGCUUAUUCACAGUGUAACUUAUGUCAGCACUUCAUUUCUUUUCAUUGCCAGAUAAUAUUCCAUGUAUGUCCCUACACAUGGGGUAUUAUUAUAUGCCACAUUUGAUCCAUCAGUUAAUGAAAUUUAGAUUGUUUGCCACGUUUGGGCCAUUGUGAACAAUGCUGCUAUGAGCAUUUGUGUGUUAAGUCUUGAGUCUGUUUAUAAGAUUGUCUGUUUCUUUGCAGUUUACUCAGUUAGGAAACUGGUUUGUCUUAAUAGACCUUUCACCCGUCUGGAUGUUGCUGAUCUUAACACUGUGGAGUCAUUUAACAUUUUUGUCUGCCGUUGUGUUUCCUCUGAAUUAAUAUUGAGAUCUAGAGGCUCCAUCAGUUAUACCUUCAAAUUUUUUUAGCAGUAAUACUUGAUGAGGGUGUUAUGUUCUUUCAUUAGGAGUCUCAGUGCCUGCCUGGGAGUCAUUUUUGUGAUGUCAGUAGGCAGUAUUAUUGCUUAGCUCCAUUAAUUUAUUAUGGGUUCAAACUUGGUGCCUGUUUCUCAAGAAAUUAAUAUGGAAGCUUUUUGCAUUAUAGUUUCAAAUUUAUUAAACUGGUAUGUGUAAGUACUUAGUGUAUUUUUUCUUUUUUUUUUUUUUGAGAUGGAGUCUCGUUCUGUCGCCCAGGCUGGAGUACAGUGGCGCAAUCUCGGCUCACUUCGUCUCGGGGGUUCAAGCGAUUCUCCUGCCUCAGCCUCCCAAGUAGCUGGGACUACAGGCGCCCGCCACCAUGCCUGGCUAAUUUUUUGUAUUUUUAGUAGAGAUGAGGUUUCACCAUGUUAGCCAGGAUGGUCUCGAUCUCCUGACCUCGUGAUCCACCUGCCUUGGCUUCCCAAAGUACUAGGAUUACAGGCAUGAGCCACCACGCCCAGCCUAGUUAGUGUAUUUUAACUAGCUACCUUAUUAAAUUUUCUCAUAAGUCCUUACAGUUUUUCAUAAGAGCUUCUAAAACUUUGUAGCUGAUUAUGCUAUAUGCCAAUUAGCAUUUCUGAUGGGCCCCUCCCUCCUUUCUCCUUGCCACCCUGCAUUGCCUAGGACUGCAGAACACCCUGGUCAGCAGCAGCAGUGAGGGUGCCCCCUCAUUACAGGAAUCCUUCCAGAGGUGUUUACACUCACCCAAGUAUGGAUGCACACUCAUUUCUCUCUGGUGUUAUAAUUGAUGGGCAGACAGCAAUGCACACGGAUCCAUGCAUCCCUUUGGUUGUCCUGGGAACUGCGCUCAGCCUUGACACAUGGGCUGUGCAAUCAGGGCCCGCAGACUGUGCAGGACCCUGGCCAGCAUUUGCUGACAAUAACGUGGCCAGUUGGUCUUUUCUAAAUCAAGCACCGCAUACAGAGGAAGUAUGCUGAGGCUGGGCUAGCAUCAGGUGUAGAAACUGCAGGCUGAGGAGGCAGCAGCCUGACCCAGCCUGUCAGUCACAGAAGUCCCAGAGCGCUGCCAGCGUUGCUGUUAGAGCACUUGUCUGCCCAAGUUUAUUUCCUCCAGGGGCACAUCAGGGGCCUGCUCUGGGCCAUGCAGAUGCCCAGGCUCUGCCCUGGAGAAGUGGGGGAAAAGUUGGUACAAGCAUUUUAAAGAUGGGGAAGAGGGCUUUCCCCUCUAUUCCUAGUGGUUUCCCCUCCUUUCUGAAGCAGAAUUGCAGGACAGCUCCUGAGGGCAGCAAGUCAGCCUCCACAAAGAGCUGGGGGUUGUGGGGUUUGGUGGUAGCGCUGAGAAGGGGUAGGGUGGCUUUCUCUUUGGCCUGUUUCCCCCGUGCUGAGCUGCUGACCCUUUCCCAUGGAGGGACCAGGAGGAGUCUUUGAUUCAGAACACUGAAACCUGGCACACCUGAGGAGAGUUAGAGGAGACAGGAACAAAAGCUCUCCCAGAGGACUUAGAGCUCUCAGGCAUCGGAUGGGAGGGAGACACAGCCACAUGCUUCCUCCUGCACUGAAGAGGGGUGCCUUUUUCCCGUUUGCUCAAUGCCAGACUUGUGGAUGGACCAACAGGACAGCUCGCCCAGCUUGAAGGUUUUUAACAGAAUGAAGCAAUGGAAAAAUGUUUUCACAUUUCUGCCCCCCUCCCCUCCACUUUUGUUUUAACUUAGAGGAGGGAGUAAGGAGGUGGGCGCGGCAGUAUCAGAAAGGGAAACUAGCAGUGUAAUAAUAAUAUAGCACCAAGUGUAUACUGCAAGCCAAGUGCUGUUCUGUCUAAAUGCUUUAUAUACAAUGAUUUCCUUAAAUUCUCACAAUAAAGCAACAAGAAGAGACACAGUCCUACAGAGAAGCAAAUUGAGACAUAGAAAUUAAAUGACUUGCCCAAGGUCAUACUGAGAAAGUCAUGGUGCCAGAAUUCUAACUCAAACAUUUUGAUUCCAGUCUUCUGCCCUUUUUUAACUAAGCAAAAAAGGAAGCUGGAGAAGAACUGUACCCUGGAGAUGCCAGCAGUCUCCAAGGAGCUCCCCGCAAGCAUCCCAGAGGAAGGGGUGUCUGCCAGGGGUCUCCACUGUAGUUUCUCUUUUCCCCUUUGCAGCCUCAGAGCAGGCUGAACUCACAGCCUUGUGCACCUGUCCCUGUGCAACUUCCUGCACCUCGUCCUCUUGGCUCUGUUGAGCGGCCCCAUGCAGCCACACUGAUGGUGGGUAGGUGACAGAUUGGCAUGUGGCACGUGGGCUUUGGCACGCUUGGGGUCUCUGCAGCAGUGCCAGCUGCUCCCACUGUGCAAGACUGCUGUUGGCAGCAUGAACAGGAGGGCCACCGGCAGCAGUGAGUCUCAUUGCAAGAACACAGCUGGCAGUCCUCCGGGAGAGAAAUGCCGGGGUGGGCCAGGGCCUCUGGAAGAUGUGGGGUCUUCCCAUCCCCCACACCUAGCCUGAGCUGAACAGAGGGCAAGCUAAGAGUUUGGAUGUUUGAAAAGACAUGAGGAAUGGUCAGGUGUCAGGAGGACAGGUGGGUUAAACAACAAGGUGGGGCUUGGAGUGAGGGUGAACACGAGGGCAGAAAGACACUCAAGGCAGCCGGAAGUACAAAUGGCAGACCACAGCCUCAGCCACUUAAUGUUCACAGGCCACAAGGCAGCAUCUGGCUAGUCACUCACAUCCUCUAAUAGACAAACCAUCAAACACACACACACACACCUUGGCUGGACAGACUUCCAGAUGGACAGAAUCCCAGGGAAACACCCAGCUGGACAAACAGAUGGAUUACUGACAGAUGGGAAGACCCUCAGCCAGACAUCCAAAUAGGCCUUUGGCCAGAGAGACACCUGGGCCUCCCAGCCAGGCAAAGGUCAGAAUCCCUCAAGGACAGGCUCCCUCCCCAAAAUGGACAAAGACAUUACCCCAGAGGAGAGAACACCCCACCCACCUAGUCAACCAGACCUUCAGCUGGACGACAUGCCCUCCACCAAUCAGACAGACCUCAGCCUAUGAAGACAGACCCUCAACAGGAUCCCUGCUGCUGGACAGAGAUCCUAUAGCCCAUAACAACUGCCCUUAAUAACCAUGUGUGCUCGGGGGCUCGGCCUCCAUAACUUUCCCAGCAAAUGCCCUUAUUUUCUGAAAGCUCACUGAUGCUUCUGUAUUCCACCUCCCUGGAUCUCCAUGGCCAUCCACGAACCCUCAGUGAUUAUACUGAGAGUCACUAUCGUGCACUGAGCAGAGCUCUCAAUGACUUCCCAGACUCUUCUGACCCUUCAAUUACUAACACUCCAAAUCCCAAUGGCCCCACAAUUACUUUCACUUCUUGUCCCAAGUAUCCACUGGCCUCCCAAUGACUGUCAUUAAUAUCUACUGACACCCCCCCAUGAACAUCCAAGCGACCCUGACUGACUUCCAAUGAAUUCCCUAUCACCACCAUCCUAAACGAUUACUAUUGACCUCCGACCUCCCUGAGAAUGCUCAAAGAUGAAACUGAUAAAUGAUGAACAUGGAUUUCACAGUGACCCCUGCGGACUCCACAAUAAAUCAAACAGCCCUAGCUGCUGAUCCCCACAGAGCCACUUUGAUCUCUCCAUCAAAGCAGACUAUAUUGUCUGCUUUCAUGCUGCCACAGCUGAGUUAAGCAGCUGGGGCAGAGAUAGCAAAGCCAAAACCACUUCCUACCGGGACCUUUAAGAAAGUGUGCCCUUAAAUAUACUCUGAUGGCCCCUAGUGAAUUAAAUUGACCACCUGACAUCAUGCCCCUGUUGACCCUUCAGAGACUCAGGCACACAUCCAGGCCCCAAUGCUACCUUUCAACCCCUCAACGAUCUCAAACUGGUGUCCACUGACGCCCCUUCCAGUGACACCCCUCUUAAUUCUUCCGACCUCGGCGAGAAGGGGGCUAACCUAGGCCUGUACCUGAAGAGACCCAGGUGCCAGUCCAUUCUCUCCAGCCUCCCCUCAGUGAUCCCGGAAGCUGGAACGGCGGCUCUCCUCUGACCUCUGCACACUUUCUGAAGAUGGGAGUGUCAGGGCAGGCAAAAAAGAGAAACUCCUCGUUCCCCAGAACCCACUUCCAGUGCCUCAGUUCUGUUUCCCAGCAGGCUUGUGCAGGUCGAGAUGCUCACACAGGACUGACCCUGGUGCCCCAGCGCAUCCGGGAAAAGGAGGAACCACAAGUUCCUGGGGAAAUACACAGAUAGAGAAGAUCCCGCUGCCACUUGGCCCUUCCCAAGCGUGGCUGCCCCUGCCCCGGCCUCCCUUGGGCCCGGCUGGAGCGCACAGCGCGGGACGCCCCCGACCCGGGGCCUCUGGCACGAGGGGCAGCCUGAUCUCGGCGACCGUCUCCACCCAAGGCUGCUGCCCGCCCCAGCUCGGACUCCGCGCGGCCUGGCUCCCAGGAGACCGGCGAGAGGGCCCGGCGAGACCGCUCGGCCGUCCGCCCAGAGCCAGCCCCCGGAGGUCGGCCCCGGGGCGCGGAUCCCGAGCUGGGGGCGUAUCUGGGACCGUGCCACCCCCCACCAGUGGGCGCGGCAGCCGAAAAAAAGGGGAAGCGCCGGCCCUGGACUCUGCUCAGGGCAGCCCGCGAGGACCGAGGGCUCCCACCACAGCAGCCCGAGCGCCCGGGGUGGAGCUACGCGGGCUCAGAACAUGGUGGCUGGGGCGCCCUGCCCGCCGCUGCGCGCUUCCAUUGGCUGCCGAGGCCAGGGCGGGGGCUCAGUCACCGGCCGCCGCCUCCCGCGGCGUUUACACUCGCGGCGCGCGCGGCGGCCGGGCUGGACUUUGCCGGCCCGCGGCGCCAUGAGCCGCAGCCUGGACGCGGCGCGGAGCUUCCUGGAGCGGCUGGAAGCGCGCGGCGGCCGGGAGGGGGCAGUCCUCGCCGGCGAGUUCAGCGACAUCCAGGCCCGCUCGGCCGCCUGGAAGGCUAACGGCGUGUGCUCCACCGAGGCCGGCAGUCGGCCGGAGAACGUGAGGAAGAACCGCUACAAAGACGUGCUGCCAUAUGAUCAGACGCGAGUAAUCCUCUCCCUGCUCCGGGAAGAGGGACACAGCGACUACAUUAAUGGCAACUUCAUCCGGGGCGUGGAUGGAAGCCUGGCCUACAUUGCCACGCAGGGACCCUUGCCUCACACCCUGCUAGACUUCUGGAGACUGGUCUGGGAGUUUGGGGUCAAGGUGAUCCUGAUGGCCUGUCGAGAGAUAGAGAAUGGACGGAAAAGGUGUGAGCGGUACUGGGCCCAGGAGCAGGAGCCACUGCAGACUGGGCUUUUCUGCAUCACUCUGUUAAAGGAGAAGUGGCUGAAUGAGGACAUCAUGCUCAGGACCCUCAGGGUCACAUUCCAGAAGGAGUCCCGUUCUGUGUACCAGCUACAGUAUAUGUCCUGGCCAGACCGUGGGGUCCCCAGCAGUCCUGACCACGUGCUCGCCAUGGUGGAGGAAGCCCGUCGCCUCCAGGGAUCUGGCCCUGAACCCCUCUGUGUCCACUGCAGUGCGGGCUGUGGGCGAACAGGCGUCCUGUGCACCGUGGAUCAUGUGAGGCAGCUGCUCCUGACCCAGAUGAUCCCACCUGACUUCACUCUCUUUGAUGUGGUCCUUGAGAUGAGGAAGCAGCGGCCUGCGGCCGUGCAGACAGAGGAGCAGUACAGGUUCCUGUACCACACGGUGGCUCAGAUGUUCUGCUCCACGCUCCAGAAUGCCAGCCCCCACUACCAGAACAUCAAAGAGAAUUGCGCCCCACUCUACGACGAUGACCUCUUCCUCCGGACUCGCCAGGCACUUCUCGCCAUACCCCGCCCACCAGGAGGAGUCCUCAGGAGCAUCUCUGUGCCCGGGUGCCCGGGCCACGCCAUGGCUGACACCUACGCGGUGGUGCAGAAGCGCGGGGCUCCAGCGGGCGCCGGGCGGGGGACGGAGACGGGGACGGGGACAGAGACGCGCAGCACGGAGGAGGCGCCGCUCUACAGCCAGGUGACGCCGCGCGCUCAGCGGCCCGGGGCGCACGCGGAGGACGCGCGGGGGACGCUGCCUAGCCGCGUUCCUGCUGACCAAAGUCCUGCCGGAUCUGGCGCCUACGAGGACGUGGCGGGUGGAGCUCAGACUGGUGGGCUAGGUUUCAACAUGCGCAUUGGGAGGCCGAAGGGUCCCCGGGACCCGCCUGCUGAGUGGACCCAGGCAUGGAGUCUUGCUUUGUGUCCCAGGCUGGAGUGCAAUGUCAUAAUCUUGGCUCACUGCAACCUCUGUCUCCGCCUCCCAGGUUCAAGCAAUUCUUCUGCCUCAGCCUCUCAAGUAGCCGGGAUUAAACACAUGUACCACUAUGCCCAGCUAAUUUUAGUAGAGAUGGGGUUUCACCACAUUGGCAAGGCUGGUCUCGAACUCCUGACCUCGUGAUCUACCUGCCCCUGCCUCAUGAAGUGCUGGGAUUACUGGCGUGAGUCACUGCACCCGGCCUUGGUCUGGUGUUUUAUACACAUGUGCAUGUGAUGUGGAGCUGUGCAGGCCACCUUGUCAGUGUGGAGAGUCCAGUCUCUGCGCCUUCUUGGUUUCUGACUUCACACCCAGUAGCCUCACUCCUGGCCCAGCAUGGCAAGCACAGUUUCCACUCAGGCAUUUGCCCUGGUUAUUCUGUGUGCCUUAGAUACUUUUCUCCUAGAUUCUGCCUCUAAUAUAUUUGAACAUUUACCUCUUAAUAUUGUUUCCUAUCUGUCUCUCCUGAUCAGAAUGUAAGCUGCCUGAGGGCAGGAGUUUUUGUUUGGUUUACAGCUACUGUCCCAGCUCCUAGAACAGCGCUGACACUUAGGAAGUGUGCAGGCUGAUUUAUCUCACACCAUUUACUCCGGGCUUCCUCACUUCUAGUAAAGUAUGAUACCUUGUCUCAAAUAUUCUCUUCCCCUUUCCAGACCCAUGUCUUUGCUCAUGCAGGUCACUACUUCAGGCUGAUAUAAAAACCGUUCUCUUGUUAAGAAAGCUCAGCAAUGGGAGAGGCAAUCCUCCACCCGUCUCUUGCUCUCCUACAGGUCUUUCUUGGAGGUAGUGGGUUGAAUGGUGGCCCCCAAAAACAUAGGUCCAAGUCCUAACUUCUAGAACCUGUGAAUGUGACCUUAUUUGGAAAAAAAGGUCUUUGCAAAUGUAAUUAAAACACCUAGAGAUGAAAUCAUCCUGGAUUUAGGAUGGGCCCUAAGCCCAAUGACUGAUGUC